AUGGACUUCCACCAAACAGAAUAUCAAUUCUUUUACGAGGAUCAUCCGUAUCCAAAAGUUAAACUUCACUUUAAAAAGUCUGUCUUCUUUUUCAAAAACGUUUUAGUCUGUCUUGGAAGCAACAUUAAAAUAGAUAAUGGCGGAACAGCAACCAAGGCGCGAACGACACUGUUUCAAGACAAACUAGUUAGAGAUGCGUCUAAAUUUUCCAUUAAAAUGGAAGGCAUGACCAAAGACAGCUCAGAUCUAUUCGAAGCUGUAAACCCCCUUUCUAAAAACACGAAAGAUGGGUAUACUACUUUAGUCCACACCAAAGGCAACAGUUAUUACAUUCCAGGAUCAAGUUACAUGUCCAGAUUCAAAAUUCGCAAACUAUAGCUGCUGUCUGCUGCAGCGGUAUUUAUGCAACAGCCUGGCUAGAGCACAAUUCCACGAAUGCCAAGUACGAGUACGCUGUGUUGCUGAAAAUAGACUCUUACACAAGCACUGCCAGCGCUCUCUGGAAUCGUCAGGACAGAAAAGGAAAUUUUAAGCUGUAUAUGGUUCUUCAGCAGGACGAGAAAGCACACGUGGAAAAAUUUGGAAUGUCUCCCAAAACUAACGCAGCCACGAGACCACUAUACGGCUAUGUUAUCUUUCAGCCCACAGCAGAACUCCCUAAAGAUGGUUUAAUCACCAAAGUGACCAAACAGUGUCGAAUCAUGGUCGAAGACAAUCCAACAACCCCCUUUUUAAGCAUCAGCUACCCUUCACGUCGGGAAGACGCCGAAAACAUCUGGUGACAUCAACAAGGAGGAAUUCUAUGAACUUGAAAGUGGUGAUAUCGAGGUUGAGGUCAACUUAUCAGUAGAUGUGAACGUGAAACUCUCUGAUGAAGCGUUCAAACGUUGCAUGGAUCUCCGGCUGGCUAUCAACCGCGUGUUGAAGUAA